AUGAGCAUCUCCGACGCUCUGUUCCGUCUCGAAGCAAACAACCAUAUCGCGGCCACUCUGAAGGAAUACCAGACUCAACCGAGGAUACGUGAAUCCCUCUUGAGCCUUAUGAGGUUUUGUAUCGAACCCAGCAGCGAUUUGCGUAACAUCGUCAAAGCAGCAGACGCACUAUCCGGCGGCAAACCAGCUCUCAUUGAUAACCUCAAGAAGUCUCUCCCGCCUAGCUACCGCAUCUCGUUGAAUCUGGACCACCGAGUAGCGUCCGUGACUGUCGGCACGCCCAUCGAUACCGCCACCGACACCGGCGUGCAAGCUAGCGGAUCUCCCUGCGCAACAUGCGCAGAUAAGAGGUGGAAAAGGUGGAAGGGGCCUUACCAUUUCAGGAUGUUCAGGAAAGAAGUCGACAAAUGCUAUCCUACGAGCUGUGGAAGCGUACUCCUCAAAAUGCUCGACAUCAUCGUGACGAGGCAUUGUCAGCGGAGAGGGCUCGAUAGGGCUUCCGUGAAUGUAGUAUCCAUAAGCGACGAGGAGAAAGUGGUGAUUAUGGGAGAGGUGCUCGACGAGCUGGAUGCGCUGUUUCACGGUCAUCCCAAGAUGAAGCACUGCUUGAGAACGGUCAUCCGUAACGCCCGUGGGUCUGAGCCGCCCGUGGCACCCGCUCCCGCUUGGAAUAUGAACUUGAAGACCCUCGUAUUUUGA